AUGACUCUAUGGAAAGCUUACCUGAUCUCGUUUGAGUCAGUCUGGCCAGUGAUUGUGGCUAAGCUGGGGGCGGGCAUGCAGGAGGAGAAAGACUGCUUUGCGUCCAUGCUGGUGCAGGUGUUGGGGGUGAAGGAGAGUGGUGAUUUGAAGGAAGGGUUUGGGUUCUCUGUGGAGCAUCUUCUCUUCAGGGGGCUGGAGAAGGAGCAUGCAGAGGGGAGGAGGGGAGCUGGAGGGAAGGCUGCAGAGAAAGCGCAAGGGAAGGGGAAGGGGAGAGGGUUGGCUGAGGAGAAGGGUGUUGAGAAAACACAAGGGAAGGGGAAGGGGAGAAGGCGGGCUGGGGAGAAGGGUGUUGAAGAGAUGCAUGGGAAGGGCAAGGGCAUAUGGGAGGCGUCACGUGGGAAGGACGAUGGGAGACACGGAGAGGACGAGACAGAGGGCAAGCCAGAGCAUUGGGAGGAUGCGGAGCUGUUUUUGCAUGAUGGCAACAAUGCGAGCAAGAUGCAGGUAGAGAGUGCCGCUAUUCUGGUGGCCAGGAGGAGGCUACGGCAGCACGGCUUCAAGCAGAGAAGUGGGAUGAGUGGAGGGGCCAGAGCAGGUGUAGGGCGAUCUGCGCCUGCUCCUGCUGCUGCAAGGAUUGAUAUGAAUGCUAAACCCAUGCUUGCCAAUAGGUUCGGCGCCAUUCCCAAGCCUUUGGAUGAAAGCAGCGCUGCUUUGAAGUGGGAAGAGUGGCCUCAGGGAGACGAAUUUGCUGUAAAUUUUCCUGUGAACCGCAAGGAGAGGAGUUUUGGGCUUGGGAUUGUGGAGGAGUGUGGAGAGGCGGCUGAGAAGCUGACUCAGGACCCUCCUCAUGACACGUCUGAAGCAGUAAGGGGCGGCAUGCAUGCAAAAGAAGAAGGAUUCAAUGCAGCAGGCAAAGAAAGUGGUGAGGAAGUCAGCGCAUGGUGCGUGAGCAUGUGCUUCGCAGAAUUCAUGCAUUCUGUGUGCAUCGCUGCUCUUAUCACCAACUUUGCCUACCGCUUCGUCAGCCAUCUGUUCUCCCGCGUGCUCUCGGUCUUCCCGCCAUCCUCCCGUGGCUUUGACGAUGUCAUUGAGUGCUUGGACUUCCCACCGCACCUGCCCAGGCUGCUAAACCUGCAUAUGCUGCUGAGGCGAGCCGAGCAGGUGCCUCUGUACUUUCUCAUUCGCAUGACAGUGUGGUUCGCAUAUUUUCUUUUGGGGAUGGGUGAUGAGUUUGAGGAGGAAUACAGUGUUAGAGGGCGGGCGGGGCGGUCCAAGGUGCAAGGCCGCUGGGAUGAUGAGGCAGAUCGGGAGAGAGCGAGGAGUGUAGAGGCGGCAAGAAUGGAGAGAGAAUGGCAGAGGAGUGGGACAUUACAUGGGUUUUUGAGGCAGCAAUCGCACCGAGAAGUUGAGGAGGUGCGGUGGGUGUGGCAAGGCAGCGUGUUGCAGCGAAGAGUGCCAAAAGGCGCACUGGCCCUCCCACACACUCACAUGCCCCGGCAAGAAGAGGAGUGGGGGAGAUGGGAGCAAGGAUUGCGGCAGGGAGACAUCAAAGUACCAGUAGGCAAGUCCUCACCUCGUCCUCACGUGCAGGUUAAUAACUACGGGCGAAUUAACUCGCCCGGCGAUGACAUCCGUGUAGCCAUGGCGAAGAACGCGAGCAAGGCGGCAAGUCCUACCGCCGCCUCUGGUGCGAGCUGUGACGAGGACGACGGAGACGAAGCGAACAGCGACGAGGAGGAUUGGCCGGAGAACGGCCACGACGACAGCACUUCAGGCGACGAUGUAGGUCGUGCUGACAUCGAGGAGGACGACUGGUGGAAUCGGCCGGUCGGGAGCGACGACGAGGUGGAAGAGUGGCAUGUUGGUGAUUCCGACAACGACGGAGGUAGAGAUGCGCAUGGUGACAACGCGGAGGCAGCGGCGGAUGCACAGGAAGCGGCGGUGGAUGCGAAUGAGGAGGCUGACGACGGGGCAGGGGCGGAACUUGAGACAUUUGCGCCUGCUGAUGCGGCCGCAGUUGCGGAUGCGGAAGGCGAGGAAGGCGGCGACGACGACUCAUGGAGCCUUGGGACCGACGACAACGUCCCGCUACUCAAGCGGAGGCUGCGCCAUCGCCUACAGUCCAAGUCAAAGCGGGCCCGCGUGGUGCUCUCUGACGACGACGGUCCGGGGGAGGAGCGUCGCCCAAUACUCACCGCUGCGGAGAAGGGGAAAGCCAAGAUCGCGGAAGCCCCUACUAAGGCCCCUGCUAAAGCCCCUGCUCGUCGCCGCACAAGCAACAAGAAGCUGACAUCCGACGGAGACCCGGGAUCCAGCAAGGGUGCGGCUAAGAAGAAGGCGAAGAAGGCGCUGAAUCCUGAAGACAUCGUCGUGAACGAGCCGCUGGGCAGCGACGAUGAGUACGCGGCGGCGGCGGGCCCGAUUCCCACGUUCCCUGAGAAGGACAACGGGUGGAUGGACGAGAGCGCUGUGCAGACUUGGCUGUCCAAGGAGGUGCUGCCCCAUCUGAACCCCCAGCGCGGCCAGAACGCAAGGCGGGUGAUGCUGGUGUUGGACUCCUACCGCGGUCACAUCACCCAGACCAUGCUUCAGUCGUACCGCACGCACAGCAUCACCCCUGCAGUCAUCCCAGCGGGUUGUACGAGCCAGAUUCAACCCCUGGACGUCUCCAUCAACCGGUGCUUCAAGGCUGCUGUGCGAGCGCGCUACGCCAGGUGGUUCAUGCGUGAAGGGAUUCACCUGAAGACGAAGAAGGGGAACCUGCGGAGGCCUCCACACCCCGUGGUGCUGCAGUGGAUCGCGGAGGCUUGGGAUCAAGUCCCCAAGCAGAUCAUCAUCGACGCGUUCCGCCACUGUGGGAUCUCGAGCAAGCUGGACGGAAUAGAGAACCACCUGGUGAUGUCUCACCUGCGCGCCAGGAGCACCACCGAUGUCUCCGCGGACAUGUCUCUCGAGGGGACCACAGGCGACAACACGCGCCUGCUCGGUCGGGCUCCAGAGGAGGAGGAGGAGGCGAUGCAGGCGGAGGGCGUGCGGGAGGUGGCCGUGGCAACCGGCCUGGAGGUGCUGUACCAGGAGACCCCCAACUACCGCGGAGCGGCGGCCGAGGCUGACCGCAUGAUCGAGCCUAGGGAGACGGCUAGGCAUGCCUGGCGAGUGCCAGACCUGGGUGUAGAGCCUGAUGUUAGUGCAGGUGAGGAGGCGGUGACUGAGGGGGUUAGGUAG